UUAAAAAUUUGCAACGUGUUUCCCUUCAAUCUCGGUCCAAAUAGUAGUGAUGGUGUGAUUUUGUAGAUCCAUGUUUUAAUUUUCGGUCCAGAAUUACUAAAUUUGUAUUUUUGCUAAAUAUAAUUAACUAUAUAAAAUAAAAUUAAUUGCACCUUGUUUUCUUUUCUUGAUUCUCCAGUGUUCACCCCAUCAAAAGCCAAAACGAAUUUAACUUACUAAAGUUUCUGGAUUUUAUUUUCGAUUUCCAUUUCAUUUCUGCUUUUCCUUUCCCUCCCUAGUUUCACACAUUUUCUCUCCCCUUAUUUACAUCUCUGCCACUCAUUCUCCAACCUAAUUUAUCCUUCAUUGAUCUCACACCAUCCGGGCUAUUCCUGCUAGGGUUUGCUUUGUUUUGAUUUCUCCCUUGAUUAUAUAUAUUUGAAGAAGGAAGGAAGAAAGGAAGAAAGGAAGCAGGAAUAUGGAGUCGGAGGAUGAUUUCGAUAUGCACGAUGCCAACGAGUCGGGGGAAGACGAUUUCUACAGUGGCCGCGACGAUGAUGCUGGAGCCAUACCUACUUACGAUGAUUCCGACGCCGAUGACGCUGAUUACGAGUUUAUCGACAACGAUUCUGAUGAUUCCGUUGAUUAUGUCUCUCAUAGUCACCAGCAAAAUUAUACCAUUUUGAGUGAAGUAGAUAUUCGUCAGCGUCAAGAGGAUGACAUCACGAGGAUAUCUACUGUGCUUUCCAUCUCAAAGGUUGAAGCAGGAAUCCUACUACGCUAUUAUAGUUGGAAUGUCAGUAAAGUACAUGAUGAAUGGUUUGCAGAUGAGGAAAAGGUUCGCAGAUCUGUUGGCUUAUUGGAGAAGCCUGUAGUCCCAUUCCCAGAUGGUGAAAUGAUUUGUGGGAUAUGUUUUGAAACCUAUCCAUAUGAUCUGCUUCAUGCUGCUGCAUGUGGUCAUCCUUUUUGUAACUCUUGCUGGUCAGGUCUGUUGUGCUACAGCCACACCUUAUUUUCAUAUCAUGGCUAUAUAAGCACAGCCAUUAGUGAUGGUCCUGGAUGUUUGAUGUUGCGAUGUCCUGAUCCAUCCUGUGUCGCUGCUGUUGGUCAAGAUAUGAUAAAUGCAUUGGCUUCUGAUGAAGACCGAGAGAAGUACUCUCGUUAUUUCAUUAGAUCUUAUGUUGAAGACAAUAGGAAGACAAAAUGGUGUCCUGCCCCUGGGUGUGAUUAUGCUGUGGACUUUAUUUUUGGCAGUGGAAAUUAUGAUGUAACCUGUCGCUGCUCAUAUAGCUUUUGUUGGAAUUGCACUGAGGAAGCUCACCGUCCUGUUGAUUGUGACACUGUAGCCAGGUGGAUACUGAAAAACAGUGCAGAAUCUGAAAAUAUGAAUUGGAUAUUGGCUAAUUCCAAGCCUUGUCCAAAAUGCAAGCGUCCAAUUGAGAAGAACCAUGGAUGUAUGCAUAUGACAUGCACACCACCUUGUAGAUUUGAAUUUUGCUGGCUUUGCCUUGGUGCAUGGUCAGAGCAUGGUGAGGUAACUGGUGGUUAUUAUGCUUGCAACCGUUACGAGACAGCAAAAAAGGAGGGGACAUUUGAUGAGGAGGAGAAGCGAAGAGAGAUGGCUAAAUUAUCUGUAGAGAAGUAUACUCACUAUUAUGAACGAUGGGCAACCAACCAAUCAUCUAGGCAAAAGGCACUGGCUGAUCUACAGCAAAUGCAGUCUGUGCAUCUGGAGAAGCUGAGCGAGACACAGUGCCAACCUGAAUCACAGCUGAAAUUCAUCACUGAGGCGUGGCUACAGAUAAUAGAAUGUAGGAGAGUCCUAAAAUGGACAUAUGCAUAUGGAUAUUAUUUACCAGAAAAUGAACAUGCUAAAAGGCACUUCUUUGAAUACCUACAAGGUGAGGCUGAGUCUGGGUUAGAAAGACUUCAUCAAUGUGCCGAGAAGGAGCUUCAGGUUUACCUCAAUGCAGAGGAGCAGUUAAAGGAUUUUAAUGAGUUUCGAUCAAAACUUGCUGGAUUGACCAGUGUGACACGAAAUUUCUUUGAGAAUUUAGUUCGAGCUCUAGAAAAUGGUCUAUCAGAUGUGAACUCUCGUGGAGCUUGCAGCAGGAUGGGGAGCUCAAAGAGCUUGGGAGGUGGUAGCAGUAGGGGAAGAAGUGGGAAGGGAAAAGGUUCAACCCCCAGAUCCAGUGGCUCUAACAGAAAUAUUGAUGAUUCUGGCCACUGAUCUUUGGGAAUAUGUACCUUUCCGAUGGAACUGCUUGCCAGCUUUUGCCAAAUUUGCCAGCAGGGUCGAUAAAUUUUCAUUACCUACACCUGAUUUAUUUGCCUGGAUGGAUAGACAUCAACUUUGCAGCUUGAAAUGUCGAUGUGCAGUUGCCAUGGCAUAGGUCUUUGGACAUUGCGAAAGGGAGGGAAAAGGGGGUUUCCCAUUGCCCUUUCCACCUCUUUAACAUGACACAAGCCAGCACAGCAGAGCAGCAUUGAGAAACUGCUGUUUGGAGGAAGAGUUCGCUGUGUGUUUAUAUUGUUGCCUUGUAUAUAGUUCUCUCUGUCCAACCGUACGUUGAACCUGACUUGCUACAUGUAACAUCUGUCUCCCAAUGUAUUCAUAUGUAAUUUCUACUGUUAUAAUUUACGCCAAAUAAUAGUCUUAGUUGGAAGUGGCAGGGUUUCAGCUGCAUUGCAGCUAAAUAAAUUGCUGGAGCAUCUUUUUUGACUGCACCAGAUUUCAA